UGUACAAAUACUUGGAGGAGGAGGAGGCAGCAAAGUAGGCUUGAAUCACCAUCUUAUGGGGACGGAAAUAUUUCUGGCCAUGCCAAGGUUAUGCUGAUUGACUUAAUUAUUCCACUAUGUUCCUAGUUCAGAACAGUUCUUUUUCAAGAACAGGAAGUUACCUUGAUCUUAGCAAAGUCGCUUCAGAGUGUCCCUACCUGCCAAAAAAUUGUUUUUGAUUGCCAUCUAAAUGAACACCUCUCUCUAUUGAAACCAUAAAAAGAGGUUCCUCUCAGCACUGAGUGUCCACAUCAAACAGCCGCCAUGCAGUGCACCGACACUGCACUCCUUUUCCUCAUCAUGGUAUUAUUUGCACCUUGGUCUAAGUUGCAGGGUUUCUUUGCCUAUACAAAAGGUAAGCUUUCCAUUGUUCUGGCUCAUGUAGGCAACUAGUUUGCAGACCCCCCAGCCUCUCUGCAGGAGAGGCAUCCAUUGCAGAAUGGAUGGGAUAUGGAGGCAUGGACAGAGUAGUGUGCUGGUGUCAUAGGGGCAACAAUUCUCUGGCAUGUGUAUAGCCUGCCUGUAUACUUGUCUCUCUGGCCCCUCCAUUUGGGGUGUUCCCUAUACUGGAUACAUUCCUUUGGGACUUGCAGAAGUACUUGCACCCUAGCUAGUGAUCCAUCACCACUCACAAUUUGCUCACUGUGCUUCAAACUCAAGUGCUUCAAAUUCAAGUUACCUCUUAUUAAAAGGUUUUGAAGUAUCUUUCCGUUAAUAUGAGGUGGCCCACGGGAUUUAAAACUGUUUCUUCUUUAUUCUCUGUAAUUUUCUUCAAGGUAAGAGAUCUAGAGGCCUAGAAGCACAGUUCGUUUUGCACACCUUUCACAACAGAGCCAGAAGCAUCUCUGGGAUGUGCUCACAUUAAGUUAUUUCCAGGGUUUGUAUGCUAACAACAACAACAACAACAACAUACAAAUCAUGCCAUGGAAGCAGCUAUAUUUCUCCCCCAUACAGCUCCUGAAACCAUGUUAUGUACCACAUACACCACUAAUUCCAGUGAUGUCUCUAGCUGUAUUUUGAACGCAUGCAUCAGGCGUCACGCUUCCUAACUUCUCAAAGACACUUUUAGAUUUCAGGAAGUUACAUAAAUAAAGAGAGUUUGAUUAAAUCACCUUUGGAAAGCCUCUCGCUAGAGCCAUUACCUAAGAAUUCCUGGCUUCCAUCUUGCAGACAUCUCAGGGGUGUAGAAUAUAAAUGAACUAAAAUCAAUCUCAGAUUGAAUUGCAGUACUAGUAAACUUGGUUGGAUCAAAAUGAAGUUGGCUCAUUAUACAUGUGGACAUUAUCAGUGUAUGGCAUUCAGCUUAUGAACGGACUAACUGCAAGUUUUGGAAGCACCACAACCCAUCAUCCAUUCCACAGGAGCGAGGGAGUAGGAGCCCCUACCUCAUCCCUCCACUAAUACCUCCACAUUUUUUGUUCUUGAUGAUGCACCAAGCAAAACUAAUUUUUAAAUUAGAGCAGCUGGAAGUGAAGGAGAGACCAGUGGGGGGGAUAGGGAAGGUUGUGUAGCAGCUUCACAGUCAUCAUGAACCCACAGACUUCAUCAGAUUUAGCACACUGGUAUGUUAUAGUCAUCUUAAGGACUGUGGGAGAGAUCACAAUUGGACUAUUUACAAUGGGGCAAAAUUAGGCUUCCAGUUGGCUCUUUGGCAGAUAUGAUCAUUGGGUCCCAUUCUGGAGGUUCCAUCUGUAGCUACUAGGCAGAGAUAGUAUUAGAUGUUUGAUUUACAAAUGUAACAACUUUGUUUUCUUCUGUGUUUCAAAAGAUGAAAUGAAAUGAGAUGCAAUAUAUGAUAUCUUCCCAUCUCUCCCCCACCCAGAAUCUAUGCCUAGAAAAUGUAGACUCCCUCCAAGACCUGGACGGUGCAAAUUAGAUCUUGAAAAUUAUUACUACGAUUUUAAGGACAGCAUGUGCAAGACGUUCAUUUACGGUGGCUGUGGAGGCAACAGAAAUAACUUUGCAAAUCUCUUUGAUUGCAUUUACGAGUGUGAAAGGUUUGGUAAGGGCAAAUAUUUCCCACCCCCCUCUAUUUUCCUAAGCCUUUUAAAUUCCCAAAUGUUUGAAGUGAAAAUCUGUUUCAAAUAUCUUCUUGUUUGAGAAUCUCUUAUACUGAUUAUGCUCUCUGCUGCUAGAGUUUCUAUGCUUCUGGAGCAGCUGUCUGAGUUAGAGUGGUCCUGCUUUACUGUUGUUCUGGUUCUACCUGAAUGGUUGCUUCCAGAGGGUGAUGCUUAGAGAAUGCUUUUCAGCCCCAUGGGUUCAAUGUCUUUUUUUUUUUUUUAAUAUUUAUUAGGGUUUUCACAAUAUUACAAAAUGAAAAAGAAAAAAAAAGAAAAAAUACAAAAUAAAAAUAGUUAAAAACAAUUCAAUCUUUCCAUCACUUAUCUUUCAUUUGCUUGUCUCCCGGACCGCCUCAUACCUCCCUUUUUUGUAUUCCAGUUCAAUUUAUUAGUUCAGCAAAUCCUUUCCCUCUUUGUUUUAUCCUGAUCUUUAAUCUUAAUAUAUUAUAGCAUUAAAUUUUUACCUAUUAACAAUCCAUUUUUCAUAUUCUUUUAUACCAUUACAGCUAAAAACCACUUAACUUCAAUCCAACAUCAUUCUAACAUUCAUUAAUUUUGCAGUAUUUCUGUAAAUAGUCUUUAAAUUUCUUCCAAUCUUCUUCCACCGACUCUUCUCCCUGGUCUCGGAUUCUGCCAGUCAUUUCCGCCAAUUCCAUGUAGUCCAUCACCUUCAUCUGCCAUUCUUCCAAAGUGGGUAGGUCUUGUGUCUUCCAAUACUUUGCAAUAAGUAUUCUUGCUGCUGUUGUGGCAUACAUAAAGAAAGUUCUAUCCUUCUUUAACACCGAUUGGCCGACUAUGCCCAGGAGAAAGGCCUCUGGUUUCUUCAAGAAGGUAUAUUUAAAUACCUUUUUCAAUUCAUUAUAAAUCAUUAUAAACCCUAAUCAUAGCAGAUUUCACCGUUUCAUCCUGAGUAUUCCAUUUCAACAGCAAGUUAUACAUCUUUGACAAAAUCUUAGUUUUGGGUUCUAACAGAUCUGUUUCUAAUUUUGAUUUUUCCACCUGGAAGCCAAUUUUCUUGUCCAAAUUAUAUGCCUCCAUUAUCUGAUAAUAAUGAAGCCAGUCUCGCACUUUGUUUUUUAAUUUCUCAAAACUCUGCAAUUUCAGUCUAUCUCCAUCUUGUUCCAAAAUUUCCCAAUAUUUCGGCCAUUUGACCUCCAUAUUGACCUUUUUUCUGAGCUUUCGCUUCCAUCGGUGACAGCCACCUUGGGGUUUUGUUUUCCAAUAAGUCCUUAUAUCUUAUCCAAACAUUAAACAAUGCUUUCCUGACAAUAUGGUUUUUAAAUGCUUUAUGCGCUUUGACCUUAUCAUACCACAGAUAUGCAUGCCAUCCAAAUACAUUGUUAAAACCUUCUAAAUCCAAAAUGUCUGUGUUUUCGAGAAGCAGCCAGUCUGUCAACCAGCAAAAAGCUGCUGAUUCAUAGUAAAGUUUAAAGUCUGGCAGGGCAAAUCCACCUCUUUCCUUUACGUCUGUUAGUAUUUUAAAUUUUAUUCUAGGCUUCUUGCCCUGCCAGACAAAUCUAGAAAUAUCUCUCUGCCACUUCUUGAAACAGUCCAUUUUGUCCACAAUUUGCAAUGUUUGAAACAAAAACAGCAUUCUAGGCAAUACAUUCAUUUUUAUCGCAGCAAUACAGCCCAGCAAUGAAAGCUUCAAAUUUGACCAAAUUUCCAAAUCUUUUUUCACUUCAGCCCAGCAUUUUUCAUAGUUCCCAUGGGUUCAAUGUCAUCCCCCAUACUGUUGAACAUCUACAUUAAACCUCUGAGUGGGGUCAUCCAAAGUUUUGAAGUAUGUUGUCAGCAAUAUGCGGAUGACCCACAGCUCUACAUCUCCUUUAUAUCUGCUGGAUCAUUGUCUUCCCUCAGUAAUGGACUCAAAGAGAGCCAACAAACUGAGAUGAAAUCCAGAUAAGGCUGAGGCACUAUUCUUAGGUAGUUCCCUAGACUAGAUGGAUGGGAGGUUGCUUGCUCUUGAUUACACUCUCUCUCUGUCACUUGAGGCUCAGGUGACCUUGGUGGUGCAAAAUGCCUUCCAUCAGGUUUGGCCGGUGGGCCAGUUGUGCCCCUGUUUGUACAGGGACAGCCUAACUUCUGUCAUCAGUGCUCUGGUAACCUCUAGGUUAGAGUACUACAAUGUGUUAUACGCAGGACUGCCUCUGAAGACAAUUCAGAAACUCCAGCUGGUGCAGAAUUCAGCAGCCAGGUUGCUAACCAGAUACAAAACACCGCUGAACCUUUUGUUACGUAAAUACAAUACUAGUAACGACACACACAACGUAACAGGCUGUAUGUAACAGUAUAACUUCUAUUUCAAAAGAGCAAUUCAGCAUAUCAUAUCACAAUAUGUAAUUCCAUAGACCAACUUAUCAUAUGAGCAGAACAUACUGUAUACUGAGAGAUUAAAGUCCAGAGGAUUGAUCAGGAGAUACAGUCUAUUCAGUUCUUAUAUCAGCAAUAACCACGAUGUGGAAUGCUUAUAUCAAUCUUGUAGUGCUCCGCAUGUCGAUGUUUUUGAGAAUUCUAGAGUUUCUCAAAUGAAUUAUCUAAUUUUAAGAAAAAGAAAAUCAGUAGAGAUCUCAAAGAUUACGCUACAGGUAGGGUUUAUUUAUGGCUUAGCCCAUCUGGACAAGUCAACAGACUAUCCAAUAGGUCCGACAAGCAGCAUCGUUUUACCAUGCCUACAGAUCAUGAUAGUUUAUCCAGUAGCAGUGGUACAGAUGAAGAUAGGGAGCUUAGACUCAGAUCCGGUCUCACUUAGCAUUCUUUUUCCAAUCAGUGCAUCAGGCACCCAUACCAGAGGAAGUAAGCACAGACAGCAAUAGUACUUCUUUAGUAGUUAAUUUAUCCCAAAGAAAACUUACUCCAGAUGAACUCUGCGUGUUGAAUAUAGGUUUAGGUUCUGUAUCUACACCCAAGUACUCUGCUUUCCAAACAAGGAUUGAUUGAUUUAAGUUGAUUCGGCAGAUUAAAUUAAGGGAUUUUUUUGGUAACAGACCAUGGAUACCUGAACGUUUCAAGUUCAGUGCAAAUCUACCUUCACCCCAGUCUCCCACAAUCACCUAAUUAGAACAUUUCAACAUUUGGUACAUCGUGAUUUAAAUAGUAAAGAAAAGAAGAAGGGACACAUGCAAUAUAAUCUAAGCAAGGAGGACGCAGUGAUCCUGAGCAAACUCGCUGCAGACAAGAAUAUAAUUAUAACACCAGCCGAUAAGGGUGGAGCUAUUGUCUUAAUGAACAAGAUUGAUUACAUUAAAAAAGCAGAGAAACAACUGAAUAAUUCUAAUUUCUACUCGCCCUUAUCUGGUGAUCCCACCAUAUCGGUGAAGAACAAACUUCAGACAAUUUUAAAUGAAGCUGUAUCUUUGGGCUACGUAGACAUACCGCUGGCAGAAUUUGUAUGUCCUGAACAUACCAGAGUACCAAUACUUUACACCCUUCCAAAAAUACGUAUAAAUAGGUUACCACCGCCUGGAAGACCUAUCGUCUUAGUUUCAGGUUUCCUUUUGGAAAAUUGUUCACAUUUUAUUGAUUCUUUUUCACAUCCCUUUACUAAAGAAACUCCGUCCUAUAUUCAGGAUACUAAACGCAUUAUAACCCUUAUUGAGAACAUGACUGUUACCCAACAUAGUAUUGUGGCUACGUGGGCUGUCUCUUCCCUAUAUACCAAUGUUCCUUUAGAUGUUGUUAAGUCACAGAUUCAGAAACUAUUGAUUGAUCACAACCAAACUUCUCCCCCAGUUCAUUUUUUGAUAGAAAUGGUAGAUUUUAUUUAAUUUAAUAAUUUAAAUAAACUGGACUUUAAUCUCUCAGUAUGUGUUCCGCUCAUAGGGUAAAUUGCCUAUGGACUUGCAUAUUGUGAUAUGAUAUGUUGAAUUGUUUUUUGAAAUAGAAGUUAUAUUGUUACUUACAGCCUGUUAUGUCGUGUGUGUUGUUACAAGGUUGCUAACCAGGACGAAACAGUUUGAGCAUAUUACACCAGUCCUUUGAUCGGUAACCUACUGGAAAGCCUUACUUUAUUUUUUGGCUAUGUCAAGAUGAGGCUGAUUUCUUUUAAGGCUCCAAUAAGGCUCAGUUAAAAUAGCCUGAAGUUUAUUCAAGAAAAGAAUGGUAACUUAGAUUAAGAACGGCUCCUGAGUGUCUAGCUAAUUGCUAAGUUGCUGAAAUACCCCCUUUUGUUUUCCUAUAGAACUCUAAUAUAAAAGUGGUUUUGACAGUACUGGACACUCAUUCACAUAGAAUCAUAGAGUUGGAAGAGACCACAAGGGCCAUCGAGUCCAACCCCCUGCCAAGCAGGAAACACCAUCAGAGGACUCCUGACAUAUGGUUGUCAAGCCUCUGCUUAAAGACCUCCAAAGAAGGAGACUCCACCACACUCCUUGGCAGCAAAUUCCACUGUCGAACAGCUCUUACUGUCAGGAAGUUCUUCCUAAUGUUUAGGUGGAAUCUUCUUUCUUGUAGUUUGGAUCCAUUGCUCCGUGUCCGCUUCUCUGGAGCAGAAGAAAACAACCUUUCUCCCUCCUCUAUGUGACAUCCUUUUAUAUAUUUGAACAUGGCUAUCAUAUCACCCCUUAACCUCCUCUUCUCCAGGCUAAACAUGCCCAGCUCCCUUAGCCGUUCCUCAUAAGGCAUCGUUUCCAGGCCUUUGACCAUUUUGGUUGCCCUCCUCUGGACACGUUCCAGUUUGUUAGUGUCCUUCUUGAACUGUGGUGCCCAGAACUGGACACAGUACUCCAGGUGAGGUCUGACCAGAGCAGAAUACAGUGGCACUAUUACUUCCCUUGAUCUAGAUGCUAUACUCCUAUUGAUGCAGCCCAGAAUUGCAUUGGCUUUUUUAGCUGCCGCGUCACACUGUUGGCUCAUGUCAAGUUUGUGGUCAACCAAACAUACCAUACUGUAACAAUCUUCCCCUUGUCCUUUUUGUAGAACUCUUUGUAUCCUGGUCAAGUAUGGGAAUUGAUAUGAAGUGGAGACAAGGUAAGAGUUCCUAUUCUUGUCUGCUCUGUGUUCCUCAGUGAGGUGCAUGAUUAGUGCAGGGAGAAUGCCUGCAAAUAUGAGAGGUAAGACAGUCGCAACAGGCAGGCCUGUGCUAUAACUUAAGCACCAAGAUAAUGGGCAGGAACCCCCUCAGCUUGCCACUCAGUUCUGUGAGGCUUGGGGGGUUGGCCUUGGUUCACACAGCAAGGAUCUUGGUGUUCAACACUGGAAGUUGUGUGGCUCAACAAAAGGGAACUAAGCUGAAUACUGCUUCUAGUUCACAGUCAAGUUAGGUUGGCCUUCACUGGAUUGGGGAGGUUGCACACUGACCCCCACUUUAAAAAGUGCCCAACACAGUUAGAAUAAUGAUUGCAGAUAACCUUUUUUUGUUAAGUUUAAAUAAUAUCCUAUUCUCCAAAUCUGUACUGUUUGGAGCGGGGUAGAGGGUGUGUGUGUGUAGGGAACUCCUUGGUCCUGAAUGGGGUAACUGUGCCCCUGAAGGACCAGGUGUGCAGCCUGGGAGUCAUUUUAGACUCACAGCUGUCCAUGGAGGCACAGGUGAAUUCUGCAUCCAGGGCGACUGUCUGCCAGCUCCAUCUGGUAUGCUGGCUGAGACCCUACCUGCCUGUGCACUGUGUCACUGGAGUGGUACAUGCUCUGGUUAUCUCCCACUUAGACUACUGCAAUGCACUCUUUGUGGGGCAACCUUUGAAAGUGACUUGGAAACUACAAGUAAUCCAGAAUGAGGCAACUAGACUGGUGACUGGGAGCGGCCUCCAGGACUAUAUAACACCAGUCCUGAAAGACCUACAUUGGCUCUCGCUAUGUUUCCGAGCGCAAUUCAACGUGUUGGUGCUGACCUUUAAAGCCCUAAACUGCCUUGGACCCUGUAUACCUGAAGGAGUGCCUCCACCCCCAUUGUUCAGUCCGGACACUGAGCUCCAGUGCCGAGAACCUUCUGGUGGUUCCCUCAUUGCGAGAAGUGAAGUUGCAGGGAACAAGAGUGCAUAGUUGUGCCUACUGCAUUGUGAUGAAGGAACCAAAUCAUGUUUACUUUGCUCCCUCAUUGCAUCCUCGAGCAGCUGGCCAGUGGAGCUUUUUCAUGUGGUGAGGAAACUGUUGACACUUGAUGAUGGGAACAGAAUGUUGGAACCAUCAAAGGCUUUCAGUGACAAGUUUGCCAGGUGCUUUUUGGAUAGAAACAUCCCUCUUCUUCCAGGCCUUUGCCUAAUUAAAAAAAUCUAUAGCCUUUCAAACUAUGUGGUGGUAUUGUUUUUGUCUGUUACUAUGGUACAUAUUUUUGUGUUUUUAUAUUGUAAACUGCCCUGUGAUUCUCAGAUAAAGGGCAGUAUGGAAUAAUAAUAAUAAUAAUAAUAAUAAUAAUAAUAAUUUCAGUAUCAUUUGCUAUGCUACCAUUAUUAUGGAGCAGGUGAGGUGUCUGACACAACUUACCUGCUAAUAUGGGAUUGGUUUCAGUUGAUGAGGCCUUAGGAUCUGGACAAGGUGCUUGCAGUGGCUUGGCCCACAACAUGCCCACCCCAUUAAAAGAAAUAAUUAACGUGUCUUUACAUGGGAGUGGUGCUUCAGUGUGAGGUGACAGGAAGAGAGUUUUUAGCAGGGUAUUCUGAGAAGAAGGGAGAAGAGAGACUGGGAUCCAUCUUGGGCAGGCUGGCUGAAGGCUGGCUGCACUGCUGUGGGGGACAAGCCCCUCUUGAAAUGACCAUGCUGUAACUCCCUCCACGCAGACUGUAGGUGUAAAGAGUUGAAUAAACCAUAUUUCUUAAAGCUACAACAGUCUCUGUCGUGUCUCAAUUCUACAAAGGAACACAAACCCUGUAAGCCCCCGGAGUCUUGCAGAAAGCGGGGGUGGCACCCAACAUUUUAAACAAUAUGUUGCAGAAUAAGAGAUUAUAUGAGCUUUCCACCCCUCCUUUCCCCCUCCAGACCCACCUCAGAUAUGCAAAAAGAGGAAACGUGUAGGAUGGUGCAGAGAGAAAAUUACACGUUAUUAUUAUGAUGUCAGGAACAAGAGAUGUUUGCCAUUUGUUUAUCGUGGCUGCGGAGGCAAUGAGAACAAUUUUGAGUCUUACUGGAAGUGUUCUCAGGUGUGCGAACCAUUGGGUAAGUACAAAUAAGUUUUUAUGGUAAUUCCAGGCAACCAAAACAACUUGCACCUUUCUUUUAACAUUAUCCACUCAUUAAGGGUAUUUUAGCUCCAGUACCUGAAAUCUUGCCUGAAAUAUACUCGGAGUCCUGUAGUGAUUUCAUGCUCUUUAUUGCAGCUUGCAAAACAGUGAUUGAAUUGCCCCCCAAACCUCAGGCUUUUAUAUACAUUAUUUACACAAUGAGUCCCGUCUGAUUGGCUGAGUCUGCUUCCCUCCUGGAGCCUGAUUGGUCUUUUCCUGCAGGCCAAUCAGUUGUUACAUUCUACAAUCCUAAUAGGCUGAUUAACUUCCUCCUGGAGCCUGAUUGGUCUUUUCCUGCAAGCCAAUCACUUGAUGCAUUCUAGGAUCCUACUUGCCUAUUGUUCUAGGAUCCAAGCUUAGUACAUAACAUUCCCCUUUAAACAUGAGAGGGGUAAUGAGAGUGUAGGAAUACUGCUGGGGAAGGGGUUCUCCUGCUGCUGCUUUUUAAAAAGUCAAAAGAAAUUCAGCCUUUGAUGCUAGAGUCGGAAAUGUACACAGCUGUCAAAGGGGUGGUGGUGGUGGAAAGAGUCCAGAAAAUGUCCUGCAUGGUUGGUAGGUUUCUGGUGUUUACAACCCUCUCCUAUUAGGAUUACAUGAGUUAACGCAACCUCUGAAUAAGGAACACUUUUAAAGGGGAGAACAUCAGGCAUGGUGCCAGGCGAGUAUUCCUUGGGACAGCAUGCCAUAGUUGGGUGGGAGCAUUACUGUAUCCAAUCUGAUUGCCUUCCACCUAAUCUCUGAUGGCAUAUGGAGAAGGAAAGAUGUUAAUUUAUAGGCUGAUUCGUGCAAAAAGACAAGGCAGGCCUUGGGUCUUAAGCUGAGCUCCAGUAAGUCCUUAGCUGCAAGUGACCAUUCUGUUCUUGAAUAAGCAUUGGGCAGCUAAGAACAGCUCCGACAAAAGAAUGGCAAAUGAAAUUAAUGGACUAUGCAGAAUUAGAUAAAUUAACAAGAAGGAUUCGAAACCUGCAGGAUCAGAGAUUCUUAGAGGACUGGAGUAAAUAUUUGAACUAUUUGAAAAGCAAUUGUAAUAAACGGAUUACUCUAGUAUGACUGCAAGAAGUUCUGCAAGGAGGAUUUUGUGAAAUAUUGCAAGAAAGACUUUGAAAAGAAUUAUUAGUUAAGGACAAUUAAAAGUAAUAGAGAAUUUAAGAAAUGCGGAACAAGUGAUAAAGAACGGAAAGUCUUCAGAGGUUGUUGGCGGAAGUCUAAAAUAUUGUAUAAGAUAAGAAGUUAUGUUAAAUGAUUGUUGGAACUGAUAUGCUAAAAAAUCAAUUAAAAAAAAAAGAGCAGCUCCUGGUCCUAACCUACCACCACUAGCUUGCAGGCCAUGUAAGGUUGCCAUGAGGGGUUGCAACUUUCAGAUAGAAAAAGGUUUCUCACCCCUGCCAUAUAGUAACAUUGCACUCCUUGUCCUUAUUAUAACAGGAAAACCUCAAGAUUUGAGAAACCCUGAAGUGAAUCCAGGUAAGGAUUGAGUCUAAGCAAGAGCCUCAUGGCAUUUCACGUCUGACCCUCAUAUGCACUGUACCUUGUGCUGGCUUUCUUCAGUAUUGCAGUCUCCUUUUUAAAGUCCUUUUCUAAUGUUUCUAAAUCACUUGGGACUUUCCACCUUGUUCCCAGGAUAGUAAGGCUUGUGUCCUCACAAGACACAGUAGCAUCUGCCCAUAAGCACCAAGUCUACCACCAUUAGACCCACUGGGCUAAGCAGGAGCUACCGCAGCCUAGCAGAAAUCAGGAGUUCAAGCAAUUCUUGUAGGGAUGACAGAGGAUGAGAGUAGCAUUCCAGCCUCAGCUGUGCUCCUCUACUCAACUGUCCAUCCAAUGGCGGUAGACGUGGUACCAUGCUAAAUCUGCCUUAUGGAACUACAUAAAUCAUAGUCACACCUAGCUAGUUUCAGCCAGUCUCCUUUGGUAUAUGAUUUUACCCCUCCAUCAGUAUGACUGCUGGAUCUCAAGGCAGAGAUGUCAUUAUUGUCACUGAGAUCGUCUUAAGAGUGGCGAUCACAACAUGACCCCUUCAGACUUUGUUUUCCUUUGUCGUUCAAACAAUGAAAUAAUAGGUGUCUUUGUCCUUCUCUCCCUUCUGAAAUUCCAGACUAUUUGCUUCCCACAUGCCAACAGCCAUUAGACACAGGGCCAUGCCAUGAAAACUUUCCUCGCUUUUACUAUGAUGCCAAAACCAAGAAGUGUAUACCUUUCCAAUUUGGUGGCUGCAAUGGCAACAGAAAUAACUUUAUGAAUGAAGCAGAAUGCCUUCGGGAGUGUGGAGGCCCUGGUAAGCAUACAGAAUUUUUACAACUUUUCCAGAGAACCUAAGGAACCUCUUGACAUGGUUUAUGCAGUGAUCUUGUUCCAACUGCAGUAGUACAAUAAAUAUACUUACUUCAUGGGAGAGGGGGAAGCCUUGUUGCUGGUGAUAGUCUUUGAGUUAUGGGUUGAGGUAGAAGCAGGUGCACUCUGAUGCUGGAGAAGACAGAAGUGGAGAAUGGAAUGUGGAGAGCCUUUUUAAAACAAACAAACAAUACCUUGCACCCCCCAAAAUGGCAUAUGGUUACUGGAGAGGUGGUAUCUUUGCUGCAAACUACCUUUUCACCUGAGGUCUAGAUAAACACUGUUAUCCUUUGGCUUGUAUGGCGAAGGAACCCACAGCUUCUGCAGAUUUAAAAGGUGGGAAACAGUGGCAUGAAGGGAAAUUUUUCAUAGGGUAACAGUUAGGGCUAAAGGCUCCAGAUUGCAAAGGCGAUGGGGAGGGUGACAUUCCGUGCGUGAUGUUGCAACAUCGCAUGUGUGAACAUCGUACCUCCGGAAGCUGAGCAGAAGCUUCCUGGGCUUUGGGAAGGAGGUGGCAGGCCGCUGACAGGAAGCUGGAGCCCUUCUGCCUCCUUCCCAAAGCUGGGCAGGCUUUGGGACAGUGGCAAGAGGGCCCUUGGACCUGUCAGAGCACUGUGCCUUCCUCUCCGAGCUGGGCAGAAGCUUCCUGCAUAGCACAUGGACUGUGUGUGUGGUUUGGGUUAUAUCAGUGAUGUUGUUGUAGAUACAGUGGAUGUGAGCUUCUGUCCUCCACCAGGUAUGGGGACUUUCAGCCAGUCGCAGCUAGAUGAGUUUCAAUGCAAUAGUUUUUAGGCCAAUGUAGCUGAUAAACCAGAGCAUGCCAUAGGCACGAAGAGUCGAACACGACUAAACAACAACAAUGAAGCUGAUAAACAAGGCACAUCUCUAUAGUUUGGAUUGUUCUAUAAGCUGGUGGCCAUCACCAGCCCCUGGGGUAGUGAAUUCCAUAGAUUAACUGUAUAAAGAGGUCCUUCCUCUUGUCUGUUCCUGAAUCUCCCACCAUUCAGCCCUAUUGGUUUUUCUAGUUUUGUGAAAGCAAGAAACCGUUCUCUCUGCCUAGUUUCACCACACUUUACAUUAUUUUAUAAACUUGGAUCAUGAGCUUCCUGCCUAAAGCCCUCAAAGAAACAUUUCCUCGUAGUGGCAUCUCUCACCUUUAAAUUUGAUUGUCCCUACAUUUUGCUUCUUCCUUCAGGUUAACAUUGAAUCCUUGUGCAGAACUUUAUUCAGACUCAUUAACAUAUCAUUUGCUCCUACGGAAUAAAGGCACCAGAGGAAGCCAGGAAGCCUUUCCCCCCACAGCUUCUUCUAAAGAUGGAUGCCUUUUAUCCUGCUGUAUCAGUCUGCUGGAAUGUCUUUCUUGCUUGCCAAUAAAUUCACCUGUUCUUCCAGA